AUGAGGUUCGUCUGGUUGUCAGUCUUGCUGGUAUGCGUCCAUGCCAAGUGCAAAUGGCAGUUUGGUAAUUCUUGCUAUCAGCUGCUGACAGGAACAAUGACAUUUGAUGAGGCAUUGCAGGCCUGCUCUGCCAUGGGUGCUGGCUUGGUGGUGCCCGACUCCCAGAAUGAGAAUCAGUUCAUAUGGCAGAUGAUUAAAAAUCAUCUCCUGCAUUAUGGCAAAGUCUGGAUCGGCUGCACCGACAAGCACAAAGAAGGCCAGUGGAUGUACGCUGAUGACGAAGGCAAGGAGUGCAAAUUUCUCGGCUGGGCACCAACCGAGCCAACCCCAUGGAACAGCCAGGAGGAAGACUGCACACAGAUGUGGGAUUUCUAUGCUGGCCAGUGGGUUGACAUUACAUGUACACCUUCUGCAGUUGCGUCUGUGAUCUGUGAGUAUUACAGCAGCCUAGAGGUGACCUGCCGUCAGGCUGAUGCAGACGGCCGUUUUGCUUAA